UGUUGUUAAUCAUGAACCCUAGACUAUGUUAAUUGCAAAUUGCAAUCUACAAAUUUAGCUUAAAAUUCAUUCAGCAUCAGCUUGGGGCAAGAGAACUAAGCACGCUAAAGAGAGAAGAACAUGAAGAUCGUGCGUAGAGACCUGACGCGCAACGGACCUGGAAGUGUGAAGAUGAUUCCAGAAGAAGCAGAUGAUCUGUGGAUUGCUUAUAAUUUGAUUGUAGCGGGCGAUAGUGUAAUGGCCGUCACAGUCAGAAAGGUUAUGAGAGAAGCUGCUUCGGGAGGAAGAGAUGCUGAAAGAGUGAAACUGAAACUAGAAAUCAAUGUUGAGAGUGUCGAGUAUGAUAAAGAAGGAGCUGUCUUACGCAUACGUGGGAAGAAUUGUUUGGAGAAUGAGCAUGUCAAGAUAGGAGCAUUUCACACCCUAGAAAUUGAUGUCAACCGGGCUUUUGUAUUGAGGAAGGACAUCUGGGACUCGUUGGCACUGGAUGUUAUUCACCAGGCAUCUGAUCCUAACGCUAGCGCAGACCUGGCUGUUGUUCUGAUGCAAGAAGGUCUAUGUCAUAUUUUACUUAUUGGUAAAAGCAUUACAAUUACGCGUGCUCGUAUAGAGACUUCAAUACCGCGAAAGCAUGGACCUGCUGUUGCUGGAUAUGAUAAAGCCUUGACUAAGUUUUUCGAAAAUAUCUUACUGGCAUUUCUUAAGCAUGUGGAUUUUAAUGUCGUUCGCUGUGCUGUGAUUGCCAGUCCAGGAUUUACUAAGGACCAAUUUCAUAAGCACUUAAUGCUGGAAGCAGAGAGGAGGCAGCUGAGGUCUGUCAUUGAGAAUAAGUCCCGCAUUAUUCUCGUCCACACUACCUCUGGCUACAAGCAUAGCUUGAGAGAGGUUUUGGAUGCUCCUAAUGUCAUGAAUAUGAUAAAAGAUACAAAAGCUGCACAAGAGGUUCGAGGACUUAAGGAUUUCUUUUCCAUGCUUUCCAAUGAUCCUGAACGUGCAUGCUAUGGACCCAAACAUGUUGAAGUUGCCCAUGAGCGAAUGGCUAUCCAGACGCUUCUAAUAACCGAUGAGCUCUUCAGGAGUUCUGAUGUUGCAACAAGGAAAAAGUAUGUCAAUUUGGUUGACUCAAUCAAGGCUUCCGGAGGCACUGUUCACAUCUUCUCAUCGAUGCACGUUUCAGGAGAGCAACUAGCGCAGCUGACUGGUAUUGCUGCGAUUCUUCGUUUCCCACUGCCAGACCUAGACGACAUAGAAAUGUAACACAAGGUUGAAUCAGAGACGAUCAACUAGUUUGUGACUCUGUUUGUUGUAUACUAUAUUCUUUUUUUAGUUUUAUGCAUCGGUCUUUCUUGUAUAGAAUUGUGAGCAUUCUGAUUAUUAUAAAUUAUAGGCCUGAUGAUUGAAUUUCUUUCUUCGUGGUGAUGUGAGGAAUAAAAAUAAUGUUAAUUGUAGUUA